AUGGAAGACCCUGAACGACAUUUCGACUGGGAUCAUGCUUUUCCUGACAUAUCCCCUAUUUCUAACAACACAUCUUAUGGUUCAUUCAGAGUAAAUCAAUCUCUUGAUAAAAACUUGGGCAUGUAUACUUUACCUGAAUUUAAUAAUGAAGAUAAGGACGAAUUUUUCAUUUAUGGGACGUGUAUAUCAGUACGUGGAGAGCAAUCUGAAUCCCGACCUGAGUAUAUUGAUGAAACGGUAAAUAAUUCUCCAGUUCUUCCAGAAUAUACAUCAACAAACGUUGAAGAAAGUUAUAAGUCAAAAAUUAAUGAACUACACAAACAAAUAAGGAACUUAGAGGAGGAGGCUAGUCAAGUUCCUAUUCUGCAAGAUAAUUUACGUUAUUUGUACGAAGAAAACGUACGCCUUCAUGAGAAAGAUGAAAUUAAAGAGUCUCAUCGACUUCAAAAUGAUGGGCAUAUCGAUAGCACUGAUGAAGAGGUAGAAGAAAUUGUUGAAGAGGAAGUCCGGACAUAUAAAAAGGCUCCUAAAACUGACCCUAUUUCUAAUGAUUUUCCUAGUCCAAACCACUUUGGUAACUUGAAUAACGGGAUUGAUAAGAGCCAGUUCCCUUCGGAAUAUUGGUCUAGACUAGAGUCUUACUUCUACAAACGCUUUUUAUCGGAACGACCUUAUAGUCACAAUAUUGUCAUGCAAUCAUCAGAAGGCAACAAACGCACCACAGCUACUAUGGCUUGUCCUACCAAAUCGUCCGGAUUUAGAUGCGUUGGUAUUAAUGUUUGUCCAUCCAUUCAGGAAGUUGGAGUUCUCUGUUCACGACCAGAAACACGCGAAUUUGGCUGCCUUUUUUAUGAAACCGAGUCGAUGACUAAAGAAUGGUUGAAUCGUGUCUUCCCAAAAAUGGAAGACAAAAAUAAGAAAAUUGUACACAAAGUCAUACGAAGCUUUUAUGAAAGUCGUGAAGAAUUUGUUAGCACUUUGUUAUCAAUUAUUAAAAAGUCCGUUUGUCAUGUGGGUAUUCAAUCUCAAAUAGUCAGCCAGUCUCGUGGUUGUUCACCGAUCCUGAAGGAAACGGAAAAAGUGGCUUCGAACCCGAAUUUAAUCAAUCAAUCCCCUCAGUCACAGGUCUCUGAGUUUGUCCAGGCGAUGCCUGUUUUAAACAGUCGGUGUACUAUGACAAAACGUCAUCUGGGUGUUAAUGUUGGAUGUCUAACAGAGUCUCCCGUCUUUCGUAGUCAAGGUACCUCCCCGAAAAAGGAUUUAAGAAGUUUUACUACAUGUGGUGUACAGUAUGAAAGCAAUGUGGAAUUGGUUCAUAGGGGUUGUGAUCCAAUAUGCCCUGAACUAAAACGUAUCGCAUCAUCAACGCAAACACAAUUUGAGUGCAGCAAAGUGGUCACUGACGCUCCUUUUCAUAAAAAAGAUAGCAUAGUAAAAUCCAAGCGAUCUACAGAAUCCUUUGAGAAGACAGAAAAACGUCAAAGUAUUCAAGAGACAAAUGAUUCGAAUUCUGUUUGCAUUACUAGACCAUCGAGAUGUGAUUCUCCAAGGUUGAGUCAAACAAUGAUUCCAUUAUCGAGACUGCCUUCAUGUACAUCAAGUUAUUCUGAGGGUUAUACUGUAUCUACUGAACGACGUAUGGUUGAUGAACUUUCACAACGAUAUAUGCUUUUGGAUAAAGUAAACCUAGAUGAACUAAGUUCUGGUGGACAGACUGCAUUCCAAGAUGUUAUGUCAAAAAGUGUUGAUUUAGGAAGUACUCACGUUAUAAAAGAAUUUCAACCAACCAUCGAAGUUUUUCAUCAUAUUGGUGAUGAGACUGAAGAAGUUGAUCCUUCUACUAUACCAGAUGAAAUGCUAUCCCCAUUCCGAGUAAAUUCACCUCCUGGGUUUCCUCUCUCACCUGAUUUUACAAAUUUAAAAUCUGAUCCCAGAGUGCGUCAUAGUUCUGGUUUAUCUAAUCCACCAACUUCUGAUCCUCCUACUAUGCCGCCAGUAUUAAUACCUAUUAUUUAUGGACAAACUGCAAAACUCCCCGAGCCAGUUUUAAAACCAUUAUAUUCCAAAGUUCAUAGUAUGGGAACUCCGAAACCUACUGCUGUUUCUUGGAUUCCUGUACGUAAUUACCGGUUCAUUUUAUCAAACGAAGCAAAAAAAGCAUGUGAAUCUUUAAUUGGCUACUAUCAAGCUGAACCAACUGUUGGAAGGGCAGAGGAAAUGAAAGAUAAACUUCUGACUUUAGUGAAAAUUUGGUUUGAACUUGCUGCAACAUCACAAAUAGACUUACUUAGCAUUGAAGAUUUCAUUGCAAUUCUUCACGAUUAUUCACCAUCUCUGUUACGUGAUGUAAUUCAAUCAAUCGAUGAAAAUAACAGUACCUGUCUGCACUAUUCCGUUGGUCAUGGUGCUUGGCAAGUUGUCAAUCUGAUUUUGGAUACUGGACAUGCUCAUCCAGAUCACAUUAAUCGAUCUGGAUUCUCACCUAUUAUGAUUGCUACGCUUAGUAAUAUAACUGACUCUAGUGCUUUAAAAACACUUAGUCGACUAUUCAGUAUGGGUGAUGUUAAUCUCUGCACAAAUACAUCUGCUCGCCAAUCUCCACUUAUGUUAGCUGCAUUACAUGGAGGUGUAGAUAUUUGUUCUUUGCUUAUUGCACAUGGUGCUAACAUAAAUGCUCAAGAUGCUUCUGGUAAUACUGCCUUAAUGUAUGCAAUAGAACACGUUCAUGUUGGUGUCGUAAAAUGUCUCCUUGGUUGUAGGGAUUUAGAUUUAACUUUGGUCGAUAAUAAUGGUAAAAAUGCUCUUGAUGUGGCAAAGUCAAAAAAUGAUUUAGAAAUAUUGAAUUUAAUUCAAUCGGCUUAUAGUGUUCCUUCAAAGGCAACUUCAUCCACUAGCGAAAUUUCACCUAGCGCCAGAAUAUAA